AUGGGCGCGCGAGAAUCUACAGCCCGGAAUACACAAGAGGAUGCAGGGGGAAGCUCCACCGUCGUCGACUACUAUGAGCUGUUGGAAAUAGCUGAAGAUGCUUCGCAAGAGGAGAUCAAGCGUUCUUUUCGUCGUCUGGCUUUGAUUCACCAUCCAGACAAAAAUCAGGACAACAUCGAGGAGGCAACACGCAAGUUCGCGGCCUUGCAACAAGCCUACGAGGUACUCAGCGAUGAGCAGGAGCGGGCUUGGUACGAUUCGCACAAGGCAUCCCUUGUGCCAGAGCCAGACGCGGAAACCGUAUUCGAAGACAUCCGCAAAGGUGUCAACCCGUCAAAUCGGGCUCGCGACAGGGGACUUACAGUCCGGCAUUUGGCUCGUUUCUCUGACACCGCGGCGUGGAGCACCCUCGAUGACGGGGAUAACAGCUUUUUCACCAUUUAUCGUAACUUGUUCUUAAGACUGGCGACAGAAGAGGCGCAAUGGGCUUCGGAAACCGACUACCCAUCUUUUGGACAAUCCACCUGGCCCUGGUCUAUCACGAAGCAAGAGGGCCUCGACUGCGCCAGGAAUUUUUACGCGGUCUGGAUGAACUUUUCAACGGAGAAAGAUUUUUCCUGGACAGACCCAUGGAAUAUCUCAGAGGCGCCGGAUAGACGAGUUCGGAGGCUCAUGGAGAAGGAUAAUAAGAAAGCUCGUGACGACGCUCGUCGAGAGUAUAACGAUACCAUUCGCUUACUUGUCAAGUUCAUACGCAAGAGAGAUCCACGAUAUAAGAAACAUCAAGAAUCGCAAGCGGAGACAACUCUCACUGCGCAGGUGCCAAAGGAAUCUUCGGCUGCUCACAUCGCCAAACAGAAAGCAGCUGAGGCAUACGUUGAGCAAGAAUGGCAAAAAGUCGAGAUGAAAGGUCUCCAUGCGGAUUUGGACUGGGCUGCUGCUGAGGGGGAAGACCUAGAAGAAUGGGAAUGUGUUGCGUGCAGAAAAUCAUUUCGCAGCGAGGCGGCUUGGGAUAGCCAUGAAAGGAGUAAGAAGCACAUGAAAGAGGUGGAACGUUUGCGGAGACAAAUGGAACAAGAUGACGAGGAACUAGAACUCGACGAACCUAUCCCGAGUGAAGAUCAUUCCCCAUCGCCCGACACCAACGAGGCUGGACAAGUCGAAAAAGAAGCGACUCCUCCGCCCCUUUCGCCAUCUCCCCCGCCAUCACGGCCUGUCCCGAAUGUCACUGCUGACGUCGACCCAGACGAACCUGGUCUUCUCGAAGACGAACCGAUUAGACGCCGGACGAAGCGUAGCAAGAAGCAACAGCAUCCAGGUUCGCAAGCUGUAUCCCCGCUUGACUCCAACGCACCAAGCGAUGAUGGUAUCCAGCCGCCGCUCGUGGAUGAUCUGAAGAACGAAGAACCGGUCGAGCAGUCCAAACGGGACAAACGGCGUGCGCGACAAUCAAAGAAGGCCGAGGCUGCGGUGAAGAUGGAGCAUCGCUGCAACGUCUGUCGGGAACUAUUCCCGAGCAAAACUAAAUUGUUCAACCACAUCUCAGAAACCGGCCACGCGUUAGCAGCUUCCGAUGACGGCGGUAGUAAAGCUCAGAGGGGCAAGAAAAAGCGGGGAUAG